AUGGAUUUCUUCUCAAAGAUUCUGUGGACUGCAAGGAACCAGGAGGGCGCCGGCACCACUCUCGGUGAAGAAGUAGAGCAAACAGUAGAGAAGACUGUGGAUGUAGCUGAGAGCCUGAAGACAAUGCAGGAGCAGUUGCAUUGCUGUGAUGACAUGCUGAAACAAUGGGUUGUUGAUGUCAAGCAGUGGGCCAGUAGCAGAAGCGCAGCACCUGGUCCUGUUGAUGCUCAAAGUUUGCAGAUCACAAUCGAAGCACUCUUUGUGAGCAUUUGUCAGAAAAAGCACUACCUUUACAGACAAAAUGAUCGCAACAAAAGGCGAAAGAAAAUAACUCAAAAGAUAGCCCAGGAAAAGAAACGGUUGCUGGAAGACAUCCAGAGAUACAACCAACAGCCUGAUGGUGACCUUGUGGACACAGAGUUAGUUGUGCAGAAACUCUCUAACAAAGCUGCAGAGAGCAUGAUCUGGCCUUGGCAGGAACAGAACACAGACGGUGUGGACAUCCUUACAAAGAAGAAGCUCUUUGACCACGUAAUGCUUGCCUCACGACUAAAAGAGGAAAAGCAGAUAUUUGUGAAGGAGAUGCUGCAGCACUGCCAGUACCUCAAGGACUCAGUGGCAAAGGUCCAGACACUGAUGGGCACUGUUUUAGUGAGCACACAGACAGGAAGCUUGCCAAAUGGAUUAACCGAGGAGGGGUCCAAGGGCCUCAUCAGUGCACUAAAAAGAAGACUGCAAGACCUGAGACUCCAACAGCAGACCAUAGCAGGCACCUACAGAUGCACUCUCAAACCAAGUAACAGGCUGGUGGAAGAGGAGGACAGGGAAAUGGAAGAAGACAUGGACUGGCAACGUGGCAACAGCUCGGAUGAUGAUAGUGAUGAGGAGGAGGAUGCAGAGAAUUGAAUUCAAGUCACUUGGAUCUGAAUCACUCAGUCACAGCUGUAAUCGCCUGAGACCUAACUUGAUAUACUGUAAUUUAUACUGUGUGUUCUCUCCCUUUGAUCUUUACGUGUAAUGGCCCAGGCGAGUCAAUUGCAACAAAGGCUGCCUCCAGAGCAUGACUGCAGCAGAGCACAGAGCAUUAUUUGUAAAUGAGUGGUAGAACAUAACACUUAACUUAUAACAUGGGUGAGUUGGUGACCAAGCUAACGUUUUCGGGUUUUUGUUUUAGAUUCACUGUUAGGUAAGGGAGCGCGCUGGCUCUGCCUUCCCAUUGCGGGGAGGGCCAGCGGCUCCCAGGUUUUGGUUUUAUUUUCACUAACUCAAGUCUUUUCUGUUCAAUAAACUUUCGUAUUAUUUUUUACAUACAUUGACUUGCGUGGUUGGACUCAAUUUAUGUUGGCUGGCAGAUUGGGCAAUUGGGAAAUGAUGGGGAUAAAUUAUUCAUUUAUUAUUCAUCAUAUAUUUAUUCAUCAUAUAUUUCAAUUAUCCAGAUUGUUUUUGAAAAAUUCUGAUUUAACUCUGUAUAACUCGAGACAACUAUCAUCUCAAUAUUUAAUAUUGAUUAGUGACCAUUA